AUGGCGAGCUCGUCUCCGGCGGCCAUGGGGGAGCUCGACCCCAGCGGCCAUGGGGACCUCGACCCCGGUGCGGCCACGGGGGAGCUCGACCCCGGCCGCCAUGGGGGAGCUCAAUACCGGCCGGCAGCAGCCUCGCGGUCAGCGGCGACGACGGUCAUGGCGAGCUCGGUGGCGGCGGCCUGGAGGAGCUCGACCUUGGCGCGGCCAUAUGGGGAGCUCGACCCCGGCCGCUAUGUGGGAGUUCGACCUCGGCCGGCAGCAGCUCCCCGCCUCGCGGUUGGCGGCGGCGACGGCCAUGGCGACCUCGGCCCCGGCGGCCUGGGCGAGCUUGACCGUGGCGCAGACAUGGGGGAGCUCGACCCCGACGCCAUGGGAGAGCUCAACCCCGGCGGCCUAGGGGAGCCCGCGUCCCCGUAG